AUGGAUACUUGUCAUAUAGACACGGUCGAGGCGUUCCUGGGCCUGCCGUACGCGGCGCCGCCGACCCGCUUCAUGCCGCCCACGUCGCCGUCGACCUGGCAGGGCGUGAGAGCAGCGCGAGAGUUCGGGCCCGUCUGUCCGCAGCGGCUGCCGGAGCUGGGCAACAGGACGGCGGCGCUGAUGGUCAUGCCGGAGGCCAGGUACCGCCGGCUGCUGCGACUGCGGCAGCUGGUGCGACGCCAGAGCGAGGACUGCCUCUUCCUCAACAUUUACACGCCGGCCACAGGCGAGCGGGACCGAGGUCGCCGACCGGUAAUGGUGUUCGUGCACGGCGAGGCCUUCGACUUCGGCACCGGCAACGCCUUCGACGGCUCCGUGCUGGCCGGCUUCGGCGCCGUGGUCGUCGUCACCAUCAACUACCGGCUGGGCGCGCUUGGCUUCCUGAACGCCAACUUCGAGCCGGUGCGGGCUGUGGCCAACUACGGCCUGCUCGACAUCGUGGCCGCGCUCGAGUUCGUGCGGCUGACUGUGAGCGCGUUCGGCGGCGAUCCGGCCAGCGUGACCGUCUUCGGCCACGGCGCCGGCGCCGCCUGCCUCCAGUUCCUGAUGACGUCCGCCUCGGCGCCGCUCGGUCUCCUGUUUCACCGUGUGAUCCUAAUGAGCGGAUCAUCAUUAGCGCCGUGGGCGCUGCUCAGUGAUCCGCUGAACGCAACCCACCAGCUUGCCAAGCACGUCAACUGCACGCCAGCGACCGACUCGUUCCUUCCGUGUCUGCGCGGCAAACCGCUCGAGUCGCUGCUGGCGGCCCCUGUUGUCGCUCCGAAGUACCUGCCAACGUUCGGGCCGUCGCUAGAUGGAAUCGUCAUCGACGACGAAUUCUUCACCAACCGGGCAUCCUACGUACACCGCCUGGUCUCAUACAGUCUGAUGACCGGAGUGACGUCAUUUGACGCAGACUACCAGCUGAGCCAGCGUCAGCUGACGUCGGGCGUGACGUCAGAAGGACGAGACCAGCUGCUGCGAACGUACGUGCGGAACUCGUACAGCUACCACCUGAACGAGUUGCUGGCGGUGGUUCGACACGACUACACCAGCUGGACGGGCAGCCGGCAGUCGCGUCAGCAGCUGCAGCUGCGCGACCAGCUGCUUACACGCGCUCAGCGACUGCGCAGUACGUGGCGCCGGUCACCCACACCGCCAGCCUGUUCCCGGACGACCAGGCCACCUUCUUCUACGUGUUCAACCGGCCGGGCGCGUCCGCGGUGCCAGCACUCUGACGUCACCUGUCAGGGCAACGGCGUCAUGUUGCCGCCAGCUGAACAAGAGGGCGCGCUCAGUCACGGCGCGGAGCUCGCCUACGUGUUCGGAGCGCCGCUGGUGGGCGGCCGGACGCCCGACGGCCGGCCGUGGAAUGAAGACGACCGCGCGCUGGCCCGCCUCGCCAUGGCCGGCUGGACCAACUUCGCCAAGUCCGGCGACCCUAAUAGGCCCGAAGAGCUGAAGAUCAUCUCUCCCGGUGACCAGCGACCCCGGGUGCUGCACUGGAGCCACUACGAACAUCUUCACAAGAAGUAUUUGUCCCUUGGCCCGCAGCCGCGAGUGUUGGGCCACUACCGACCGCAGCGGGUGGCGCUGUGGCUCAGCCUCGUACCGGAGAUCCACCGGCGCGGCACCAGCGGCGUACCCGACCUCGCCCACCACCUGUUCGACGGCCACGAGCGCCCACACCUCUACCUGGGCUCGGUGCGCUCCGUGCCGGCCACCUGGCGCGCCACGCUGACGGACGCUUUCUCGGCGUACAGCACGGCGCUGAGCGUCACAGUGGCCAUCGGCUGCUCACUGCUUGUGCUCAACAUCCUUAUCCUGGCUGGCGUCUACUACCAGCGCGAGAAGGGCCGCGCCGAGGCGCGCAAGCGCACCGACGAGAACGGGCGCGCGUGCGGCUCGCGCGCCGGCAGCGCCGCCAGCGGCGACACCUGCUCGCUGAAGACGGACGGCGGCUCGUCCGUGUCGAGCGGCGGCGCCAAGGCGCUCGUGCAGACCACGCUGCCGCCGCCGCACCGCCGCCAUCUCCGUCGCGAGCUGUUGGCCGCCGGCGGCUGGGUCGCGCUCGGCGCCAUGCUCGCCUCGCUGGCUCCGCGGCCGCUGGUCUUCACCCUGGACGGGCCAGUGCGAGGCGAGACGCUGCUCAGCGCGCGCGGCAGGCCCUACUUCAGCUUCAAGGGGAUCCCGUACGCGAAGCCGCCGGUGGGCGCGCUGCGCUUCCAGCGGCCGCAGCGCCACCCAGGCUGGGACGGCGAGCUGGAUGCGAGGGCGCACGGCAGCCGCUGCCCGCAGUACGACCCCUUCCAGCGAACGCUGCUGAUCGGCAGCGAAGACUGCCUGUUCGCCAACGUGUACACGCCGCAGCUGCCGGCGGCCUGCGGGUCGGCUCGCGGCCUGCCGGUCAUGGUGUGGAUCCACGGCGGCGGCUUCAAGACGGGUUCCGGCGACGUCCAACUCUACGGGCCCGACUACCUGAUGGACGAGGACGUGGUCGUGGUCACCUUCAACUACCGGCUGGGGGCGCUGGGUUUCCUGACGACAAACGACGAUGCCGCGCCCGGCAACUACGGCAUGUUCGACCAGGUGCUGCUGCUGACCUGGGUGCAGGGAAACAUCGCUGGCUUCGGCGGUGACCCGACCGCCGUCACCGUGUUCGGCCAGUCUGCAGGCGGCGCCAGCGUGUCGCUGCUGGUGCUCAGUCCACUGGCCAGGGGUCUGUUUCACCGCGCCAUCAGUCAGUCGGGUAGUGCCAUGGCAAGCGUAGGCGCUUCGGGGAGGAAAGAUAAUAUGGCCACUCGGCUGGAUGAUCCCAGAGUCACACUAGAGUCCGGUAACUUCAACCGCGUGCCAUGGAUAAUGGGCCUGAAUCAAAACGAGGGUGUUUUCUUCAUUUUGAGGGAUCUGCUGGAGCUUUUGACUCCCUUCUCAGACGGCAUCUUUAGAUCGCCUGCAAUUUUGCAUGAGGCUUUGCGUGAAACUCUAUACGGUUCGCUAGACCCGAGGGCGAACCGCUUUAGGGAACUGCUCCGCCUUCUCUGGUUCUACAAGACCGGCGCCGGGCGAGGCGGCACUCCCCUGGAAUCCGCUAGCAACGCGAUCGGCGACUACUUAAUCAUGGCGCCGAUUUCUGAGCAGGCGCGGCUAGCCUCUCAUCACACGCCCGUCUAUAAGUACGUCCUGGACCACGUAGGCCCCGGCCAGCUGUCUACGCUUAAGUUGUUCAAGUCCAACAUACCCAACCUGGGCGUCACGCACAGUGAUGACCUCCUCUAUCUGUUCCUGGCGAGCCGCCUGGCCGUGCCGGCCGUCGACUCGCCCGAGUUCGACAUGCACCGGCUGUUCGUCGGCCUGUGGACCAACUUCGCGCGCACGGGCCUGCCGGUCGGCGACUCUCCGAAGGUGCCGCACUGGCCGGAGUUCACGGAGCGGACCCAGCUGCACCUGCGGCUCAACCUGCGGCCCACCGUGGCGGCGCGCCUCCUAAAGCGGCGCGACUCCUUCUGGCAGAGUGUGCCCGUGAACGAGCCGUGGAGGCAGCCCGUGGUUCGGGGCUGCGGCGACGGUGAGUUUUGA